AAAGUGCCGGAAAGCCGUGUGUUUUGGACAGGAGGAGGUCAUUAGAAAGUGAGACGCGCCCCCGGAACGGUUUUAAGAGGUUUUUCCUAAUGCAGGUGUAAAAUAAUUACAUUAAUUAUAGUUCUGUGUAGUGUUUCAAUUGUUACGAUAUGCUUCGCCUAAUCCUGCGGCUCAGGCCGUCCGCCGGGCUCUCACGUCCCCGUGUCCUCCCGGCCGGGCCUGCUGCUUCUGCCAAUGGCUCACGUUGCGUGCCUGGAACCGGGUGCGUGAGGCGGUUGCACCGCGUCGCUGGGUCCAGGGCUUUAUGCUUCAGUCACAGGGGAGCUCUGCUGCGGUGUCCACAGCUGGCUAUUACCUGUCAGGGGAAGCGUUUCUACAGCCUGCCGCCGCACCAAAAGGUGGAGCUGCCAGCACUAUCACCCACCAUGCAGACUGGAACCAUCGCUCGCUGGGAAAAGAAGGAGGGAGAUAAAAUCGGCGAGGGCGACCUUAUAGCUGAGGUGGAGACUGACAAGGCCACAGUGGGUUUUGAGAUGCUGGAAGAGUGCUAUCUUGCCAAAAUCCUUGUUCCUGAAGGGACCAGAGAUGUGAACAUUGGAUCAGUAAUUUGCAUCACUGUUGAUAGCCCAGACCUCAUCCCAGCCUUUAAAGAUGUUACAUUGGACUCACUUUCUUCAGCUGGGGCUGCUGCUUCAUCAACUGCCGCCACUCCUCCUCCUCCAGCUGCAGCGGCUGCUUCUGCACUUCCUGCAGCACCAGGCAGCACCUACCCGACACACAUGAAGAUCACACUUCCUGCCCUCUCUCCAACAAUGACAAUGGGCACGGUGCAACGCUGGGAGAAGAAGGUAGGAGAGAAGCUCAACGAGGGAGAUCUGCUGGCUGAGAUUGAGACGGACAAGGCAACAAUCGGCUUUGAGGUGCAGGAGGAGGGAUAUCUGGCCAAAAUCAUGGUGGCAGAGGGCACCCGUGAUGUUCCGUUAGGAACGCCACUCUGCAUCAUUGUAGAGAAGGAGAGUGACAUUGCUGCAUUCAAGGACUAUGUGGAAACCGGCGUGGCAGAUAUUUCAACACCUCCUCCUGCUCCAGCACCAGUAGCAGCACCUGUGGCUGCAGCACCCAGUCCUGCUCCCGCACCUGCUGCAGCGUCUCCUGCAGCCGUGGCUCCUAGGAAGGGACGGGUGUUCGCUAGCCCACUGGCAAAGAAACUCGCUGCAGAGAAAGGCUUUGACCUGGCGCAGAUCAGCGGCUCUGGCCCUGAUGGACGCAUUACCAGGAAAGACAUUGAGAGUUUUGUUCCACCAAAGACCGCACCAGCUGCUCCCACUCCAACUGUCGCUCCAGCUGCUCCUGCACCUGCUGCAGUUCCUGCCGCGGCAGCCGGUACCUUCACAGACAUCCCUAUCAGCAAUAUCCGCAAGGUCAUCGCUCAGAGAUUGAUGCAGUCAAAACAAACCAUCCCCCACUAUUACCUCUCUGUAGAUGUCAACAUGGACCAAGUGCUGGAACUAAGGAAAGAACUCAAUGAGGAGGUGAAAGCCAGUAAUCUCAAGAUAAGUGUCAAUGAUUUCAUCAUCAAAGCCAGCGCUCUGGCCUGCCUCAAGGUUCCAGAGUGUAACUCCUCUUGGAUGGACACAGUCAUCCGCCAGAACCAUGUGGUGGACAUGAGCGUGGCAGUGAGUACAGCCAACGGCCUCAUCACGCCUAUUGUGUUUAACGCCCACACCAAAGGACUGGCUGCCAUCAGCAACGACGUGUCGUCCCUUGCCGCCAAAGCGCGGGACGGCAAACUGCAGCCACAUGAAUUUCAGGGAGGUACCUUCACCAUCUCAAACUUGGGGAUGUUUGGCGUCAAAAACUUCUCCGCCAUCAUCAACCCUCCUCAGUCCUGCAUCCUCGCUGUGGGAGGCUCUGAAAAGCGCCUGAUGCCUUCUGACAACGAGAGAGGUUUUGAUGUGGCCAGCAUGAUGUCCGUGACGCUGAGCUGUGACCACCGGGUGGUAGACGGCGCUGUGGGCGCCCAGUGGCUUAUUGAAUUCCGCAAGUUCCUGGAGAAGCCGGUCACCAUGCUCUUGUGAGCGGACUGCAAACUGCAACACUCUGGCCACCAGGUCACUCCCUCUGUUACCCUGAACACAAGGCAACAGAGGUGGAAGCAAAGGGGGAGGGAGGGGCAGCACUCCGCUUAUUCUGUCUGUCUUACUCUCCUCUCUCGCUCUCUAAUUCUAUUUAUUAAAAAUCCAUAACAAGAUUUUAUCCUAGCAAAGAGUCUGGCCUCUAAAAAAUGAUGUUGUGCAAAGGGAAAUGUUACACUUGUUCAAUCAGAGAUCAAAUUUAGUUCUUACAUGAUUUUGUGUUAUAAAGGCAAGCAGGAAGGGAAGCUCUGUGCGUGUGACCUGUUAGCACACAAAACGAUGGAGAAAAGAGUUUAGAUGCACACAGUGCACAUUGUUACACACUGUGUGUCACUGUGUCUACACAGAUAGACAGCAUCAUGUUGUCAUUGUUGUGGCUCCACACCACUGUGGAUACUAUAUAGAUUAUAUAUGAUUGACAGCUGGAGUACGGACAACACGGUCCACAAAAUCCAAUUUAAUAUAUCUGUACAGCCCCCGACCUCUAGAAGCUACUGAACAGGUCUGCCAAUCCCUUUCUGAUCCAUGUUCAUUUUGUAGUCUCAGUCCAAUAAUAAUCUGUCCUUCACACAGCUGAAACG